AUGGCUCGUCCAAAGAGAGGGGUUAGGUUCCCCAACCGUAACGGCUCUGAUGGACGAAGAUCAAGCUUCAGCAGCGAGGACGGUGGCUCUCCCACCAAGCUCAAGUCCCAAUCUUCGGGGCAGCUGGAAACAGUGGACGAGCCCUCACAGAAGCAGCCCGCAGUUAGCGAAAAGCAAGCCGAGUACGAAAAGAAAAAGGCCAACUUCAUAACGCGCACUUUCUGGACCUUUGUCAUGUUUGCGCUCUUCUUCGCCGCGCUCUUCAUGGGUCACAUCUACAUCAUCUGCAUCAUCACCGCUAUCCAGAUCGUCUCCUUCAAGGAAGUCAUCGCCAUUGCCAAUGUUCCCAGCCGCGCCCGCUCCCUGCGAUCUACUAAGAGUCUCAACUGGUACUGGCUGGCGACUACCAUGUACUUCCUCUAUGGCGAGACGGUCAUCUACUACUUCAAGCAUAUCAUUCUGGUUGACAAGGUCCUGCUACCUUUGGCUACUCACCACCGCUUCAUCAGCUUCAUCCUCUAUGUAUUCGGCUUCGUUUUCUUUGUCACAUCUCUCCAGGCCGGACACUACAAGUUCCAGUUCACCAACUUUGCCUGGACACACAUGGCCCUGUACCUCAUUGUAGUCCAGGCCCAUUUCAUCAUGAAUAAUGUCUUUGAGGGCAUGAUCUGGUUCUUCCUGCCCGCCGCUCUGGUCAUCACCAACGAUAUCUUUGCUUACAUCUGCGGUAUUCUCUUCGGACGCACUCAACUCAUCAAGCUGUCUCCCAAGAAGACCGUCGAGGGUUUCGUCGGCGCUUGGAUCAUGACUAUCAUUUUCGCCAUGCUCCUCUCCAGCAUCAUGAUGCGAUCCAAGUACUUCAUCUGCCCUGUUAACGACUUGGGCGCCAAUAUCUUCACUGGUCUUAAGUGUGAUCCCAACCCGGUCUUCCUUCCCAAGACCUACGAGCUACCCGAGCUGUUCUUCCUCCCCGACACUGCGAACUUCUCCGUUACUAUUGCUCCCAUGCAGAUCCAUGCCCUCAACUUGGCUACCUUUGCCUCUCUGAUCGCUCCCUUCGGCGGAUUCUUUGCUUCAGGUCUGAAGCGCACUUUCAAGAUCAAGGACUUUGGCGACUCUAUCCCCGGACACGGAGGUAUCACUGACCGCAUGGACUGCCAGUUCAUCAUGGGGUUCUUUGCUUAUAUGUACUUCCACACCUUCAUUGCCAUCCACAAGGUCAGCCUUGGCAGUGUUCUGGAGACCGCAAUUACCAGCCUCAACCCCGAUGAGCAACUCGAGCUCGUCAAGGGAAUGGGCCAUUAUCUCCGAAACCAAGGCAUCCUAGCUGAAGACGCUGUCACUUGUCUCGAUAAGCUCCUGCCAGCAAACCAAUGA